AUGACCAUCCCGCCACCGUCAGCCAGCACUGCCUUCCGUCACCGGUGCCGCCGGUACGCUGAUCGAAUCAGCCGCAAGAAACGGAUGGGGCCAUUCCUGCCUGGCUCUGUUACUCCCGAAGGUGCCAUGAAUUCUUCUGAGAGCCACAAUUGUGCCAAAAGCAUCUUGACCUCAGACAGGCUGCAGAUAGUUGUGACCCUUUCGCAGUUCUUUAACGAAACCUGGGAGGCAGCCAACUGUGCAAAUUGUUUAAAGAACAACAGUGAGGGGUUAUCAAAUUCUACUGUAGAAUUCCUGGAUUUAUUCAAUAAAUCUCUGACAUGUUUUGAACAUAACCUUCAGGGACAAGCUGUCUAUCUGUCACCAAAUAACUACACAGAAGUAUGUAAAAACUGCAACGAAACCUACAAAAUGUUGAAUGACCUGUAUAACAACUUGCAAAGGAUGAACAGGCAAGGUGGUGAGUCUGGGCACUCCGCACACUUGUGUAUCGACGUGGAAGACGCAAUGAACAUCACUCGGAAGCUUUGGAGUAGGACUUUCAACUGUUCUGUUCCCUGCAGUGAUACAGUCCCAGUGAUUGCAGUUUCAUCCUUUAUUCUCUUCCUACCUAUUGUUUUUUAUCUUAGUAGCUUCCUUCACUCGAAGCAGAAGAAACGGAUACUCAUUUUGCCCAAGCGCAUCCAGUCAAAUGCCAGUCUUGUGAACAUCCAAGAAAAAUACAGCUGAGCUGCAAAACAAAACCUGAGAACUGCUGCUGGUAUACAGUGGGUACAAUUGUGUUGGAAUGGGGCCGGCACAAAAGAGGAGUUAAUUAUGGUUUAGUGUAAUGAUACAGAGCAACACAAGUUAAACAAAAUGCUGUCUGACUUCUAAGCGAGGAUAUUAACAAACAUGACAAGGCAGGGCUGUGUGACACUGUAUGGACUCUGGUUUUGAAAAAUCUGUGGUUUUUUCAGUCUUGGGCUGAAGCUGGUGUUUUUCUGUUUCUAAGCUUUUGUAUUUCUCAUCAGUAGAAUAGUUACACUUUCCUUGCAUGUUUUUUUUUUUCCUCUUUAAUUUAUCAUAUUUGUUUCACAGAAACCUGAGAUUCUGAAUCUUUUUGAGGUGAUUUUCAUAGACCAAACUUGAAAUGAUAUUUGAUGUUCCUGCUUGAAACAUUACGUUUAAUUCCACAUAACAUUCAGUUUUGCCAGACUUGGGAUGGACAGGAAACCUUUAAAAAGGAAAGUUCCCACCUUUCUGAUACCUCUCUGUAAAGUCAUGCUGCUG